AUGAGAUUAAUCGCUGCCCUUGCCGCCCUCAUCGUCGCCGAAGGGGUGACUGCCCUCGAUCUCCAAUCCAUACUCAAACACAGCGAAACACAAUCGCGUAAGCCAAAUAUCCUCUUUGUGAUAACCGACGAUCAAGACCUUCAACUCGACUCCAUAUCCUACACUCCCCUAAUCUCAAAACACGUCCGCGACCAGGGCACCUUUUUCCGUAACCAUUUUGUCACAACAGCCAUAUGUUGCCCGUCGCGUGUGAGUUUAUGGACCGGUCGCCAGGCACAUAACACAAAUGUAACCGAUGUUCACCCACCCUAUGGCGGAUAUCCUAAAUUCGUCGAACGCGGGUUCAACGAUGAUUUCCUCCCACUUUGGCUGCAAGGGGCGGGAUAUGAUACGUAUUACACCGGCAAAAUGUUCAACGCACAUACCGUGGACAACUACCACAGCCCGCACAUCAAUGGAUUUAACGGAUCCGAUUUCCUUCUCGACCCUUAUACUUAUUCUUACUUCAAUUCGACUUACCAACGAAACCAUGAACCACCUAUCAGCCAUGAGGGUGAACAUACUAUCGAUGUGAUUACGGGAAAAGCACUAGGUUUCCUCGAUGACGCAUUGGCCGGCGAGAGGCCCUUCUUCCUGGCUGUGUCGCCCGUCGCGCCGCACUCGAAUAUCGAUCCAGGCAAGGCUUACAUGUCCGCGCCCAUCCCCCUCAAACGACACGAGCAUUUGUUCCAGGAUGUGAGGGUGCCUCGCACAGCAAAUUUCAAUCCGGACCAGCCAAGUGGAGUUAGUUGGAUUCGCGAUCUGCCCAUGCAAAACCAAUCGGUAGUCAACUAUAACGAUCACUUUUAUCGUUCCCGUCUACGUGCCCUACAGGGUGUUGAUGAAUUGGUGGAUGGGCUUGUCACCCGACUGGAGGAGAGUGGCCAGCUAGAUAAUACUUAUAUUAUCUAUACCUCGGAUAAUGGGUUCCAUAUUGGCCAACACAGACUCCUGCCUGGGAAGACUUGCGGGUUUGAGGAGGAUGUUCGCGUUCCCUUAUUCAUUCGUGGACCUGGGGUUGCGAAGGGAAAUGUGCAGGACGCGGUAACUACUCAUGUGGACUUAGCGCCGACCCUUUUCCAUCUUGCGGGUAUUCCCGCGAGGGACGAUUUCGAUGGGACUGCAAUUCCCGUAACACCUGAGUUUGGUGGUGAACGGCAUGAACAUGUUACAGUAGAAUAUUGGGGUUCUGCUGUUGUGGAAGGCGCUUAUAGCGGUAUUGGCCCCGGAGGCUCAACUAUAAUCCCGAACAACACCUACAAAUCCAUCCGCUUACUCGGAGAAGGAUAUAAUCUAUACUACUCGGUCUGGUGCAACAAUGAACAUGAACUGUACGAUCUGUCGGGGCAUAUCAAUGAGCCGCACAUUCUCGGUCGCACCUUGGAUCAGGCUAUCAAUCGCCUCGACGCUCUUUUGAUGGUUCUCAAGUCUUGCCAGGGUGCGACUUGCAUCCGGCCUUGGGAUGUCCUCCAACCGGUAGACCCUGUUAGUACCCUACAAGAUGCUCUGCAUGAGGAGUAUGAUGGGUUCUAUGGUGCACAACCUCAGGUCUCAUUUGACUGGUGCGAUGCGGGAUACAUCGUUGAAGCUGAGGGUCCGCAACUGCCGUUGACUAGUCGACAUGGCGUGUCUUGGGAUGUGUGGGUGUAA